AUGGCGGGCGAAGAGAAUUUUGAAAAACUUAACUUAAAAAUUGAGGAGGACAUACUUUCCCUGGAUGUAAAUGAGCUUGUUAAACUGGCAAAUAAGUUAGAAUUGGGUGAAGAAAACAUAGAAGGUAAAAGUCGACGUGUUUUAUCUAAACUAGUGAGGAAAACUAUUGACGAAAAUGUGGAAUUAUGUCAAACUGUCCCUAAGAAAGUUGAGUAUUUACACAAGCUACAAGAGCUUCUAGAAAUAGAACCACCGCCACUGGAAGACGCAACUGAGGAUACUGAAGAUAAUACUGGAGAUGUGGCUGCUUCUCAGAGUCCAGCACCACUGAAAGAAACUACACCAAAAGUUGUAACUGUAAGUAGUGGUCAGUCAGGUUCUUUUACUGUUUAUCGUAGGGAACUAAAGAUUGUUGGCAUGGUAGGCCCUGAGAGCCAGAAAGACAGAUUUUGUUAGUUUAACCCGUCAAGUCGAGUCGGGGAAAUCUAAGGGGUAUACUGAAAGCGAAGUAAUUGAAGCAGUUAUCCGAGCAAUAUGUUCAACACUCAAGCUCAGGUCUUAUGUCGAAACAAUGGAAGGACUAACAUUAAAGAAACUUCUCCAGAUACUAAAAGCACACUAUAAACAAAAGAGUGCUACAGAGUUGUAUCAUGAACUGACAAUUUUGUGUCAAGACCCAAAGGAAAGUGCUGAAGAUUUCUUAAUAAGAGCCUUGGAGCUUCGACAACAAGUGUUAUUUACUUCCCGUGUAAUGGAGGAAGAUGUUAAAUAUUCACAUGAGUUAGUUCAAACUGUUUUGUUAAGAGCCUUGGAAACAGGGAUCAAGAGUGAGACCAUUUGUGCAAAGAUGAGACCUUUGUUUAAGAAACAUGACAUCACUGAUGAGGAAUUAAUUAAGGGAGUAGGUGAUGCAAUGUCUGAAGAGACGGAGCGAUUAAAUAAAUUAACCUUGUCGUCACGGAAACAAGCUGCAAAGGUUAAUUCCUGUAUGUAUGAUAAAGAUGGGCAAGAGUCGAAAGCAUCCAAGAAUGUACAAAGUGGAGAGAAAGGCAAGCGUGACACUUUAAUGAUGACAUUAGAGGCUGUCAAAGCUGAUAUAGCUAAUAUCAAAAGUUCUAUGGUUGCAAAUAACAGGAAUGAUGGGAAACAGAGACCAGCCUGCUCAAAGUGUAAGUCACAAGGAAAUGGGAAAUGUACCCAUUGUUAUAUAUGUGGUUCGGAUGAACACUAUGCAAGGGGAUGCAAACAGAGAUCGGGAAACGGACGAGGACUCCUUCAGAGGGACAGGAAGUAG